AUGUCUGAUUGGGGUGUGUCAAUCCCGUUCGCUCAACGCUGUAUCCCUGAUACAUGUAAGGAGUGCAGACGAGUCAGGCGAAGAAACGCCUGCGGCCGCGCCCUCUGCUCCGUUCCCAAGAAACCAGUGAAGAGCAAAUGGGAGGGUGAAGACGACGACGGUGACGCGCCAGUAAGUGACUGGGAGGCAUCCUCGGACGAGGAGGAGAAGCCCGCCAAGCCCGCCGCCCCGGUGGCGGCGCCAAAGAAGAAGGGCACUCUCAAGCAGAAGCUCGCCGAGAAGGAGGCCGCGAGAGCUGCCCGAAUAGCUGCAGGAGAAGAGGGAGAUUAUGAUGAGGACGCCGUGCUCGACCCGAGGGAGAAGAUGCGCAUAGACAAGGAGAGGGAGCUUAACUCUGACCUCAACAACGCGGCUGAUCUGCUUGGAGCUGCUGCUCUUGGAGGUACCUCGUCGUCCGAGCUGGAUGAGCUGAUUUCAGCGCAGCCGCGGGUGAAGGAGGACUUCAUCAAGCUCUCCAACCAGAUUAUCCAGUACAUUAUCAAGCGCCAUCAGGACAAACCCCUGUACACCGCUUUUGUCGAGCACCACGUCCGCAAGACGGCCAGUGUCCUUACGACACUCGCGAACGAGAAGCAGAAGGAGCAAAGAGACAAGGCGUCGGGCAAGAAGAAGCCAAAGGCCACUACCAAGCCCGUAUUGGGUGCUGCGAAAGUGGCGAGCAAGCUCGACACAUCUGUCUACGAUGAAGCACUCGAUGACUUCGGGUCGAAUGCAGACGACGGAUUCAUGUAG